UCAUCACAAGCGCCGCGCGAACGGCGUUGGCGCGAAGGGGGGGAUGGAGCCGCAGCCGCCCCGCUAGCACGAUAACCCCCCGCGGCAUGGAUAUCAGAAAAUUCUUUGAGGUUGUAUCUACUGGCAAGAAACAUGAAGGUGAGACAGUGAAAAAGUCAGAGAAAACCAAAAAUGGAGAAGAUACAUCCAAUAGGAAGAAGAAAACCAAGGAAAUCAAGGUGAAGAGUUCAACUAAUGAAGAUGAUACCAAACGAAAGCAGACAAACAAGAAAAAAAGGAUAAUCUAUGAUUCAGAUUCAGAUGAAGAGAGGCAGUCGGUAAAGAAAUCUAAGAAGCCAUCAGAGAGAGAACCAUCCUCUUCAAAACCUGUUAAAGUUCUUAAGAAGGAUCCUGUUUAUGUUUCAGAAACAGAUGAUGAAGAUGACUUCAUUAAUAAGAAGACUUCACAGAAACCCAAGGAGAAUGGAACAUCAGCAAGCAGCUGUCCAGGAACAGCAGGAGCAAGAAAGGAGGAUGCUAAGCCACAGGCCGGAAGUAAACCUUUAUCUCCAGUAAAAUUGACACCAACCUCAGUAUUCGAUUACUUUGGAACUAGUAGCGUACAACGAUCAGAAAAGAAAUUGGUAGCAAGCAAAAGAAAAGAACUUUCACACAGCAGAGAUUCAUUGCUAGAAGAUGAGGCCAUUGCUAAGCAACUGCAGUUAGAGGAAGAUGUAGAGCUAGAGAGACAGCUGCAUGAAGAUGAAGAAUUUGCCAGAACUCUGGCCAUGUUGGAUGAAACACCAAAGAAAAAAAAGGCUCGAAAAGAUCCAGAAGACAAGCAAAUCAUUUCAACUACCAAGACAAGUUCAAACACAAUGGAAAAAAAUAAACAAUCUAAAAAAAGGAUAACUUCAAACUCAACAGAAGACACAAAGACUAAUAAUGAAAAGGAACAAGCUAAAUCAGAAAACACAAGAGCAUCCUGUUCACAUCCAGAAACUUCUGUCAGUAAAGCAAUGGAGUUAAUGAAUAAGACCUUGCCUUUGAAACCUAGCUCUAAGCUUGUGGCUCUGAAACAGAAAGAAGAGAGCAAUAAAAAGGGGAGAGAGAUUCCUAGUGCAGCGACAAAAGAAAAAAUCACUUCAGAAAAGGAAGAGAAGAGAACGCCAAAGAAACAGAAAAUUUCUCCCCAAAAACCUGAGUCUUUCAGUCCUGAGGACUCUGAAAAGAAACGCGUCAACUACCAGGCAUAUCGGAGUUUCCUUAAUCGAGAAGGUCCAAAAGCACUUGGUUCCAAAGACAUACCACAAGGAGCUGAAAACUGCUUGGAAGGCUUGACAUUCGUAAUUACAGGAGUCCUGGAGUCUAUUGAACGAGAUGAGGCAAAGUCUUUAAUUGAGCGUUAUGGGGGAAAAGUAACUGGUAAUGUCAGCAAGAAGACAAACUAUCUUAUUAUGGGGCGUGACUGUGGCCAGUCUAAAUGUGACAAGGCAUCAACAUUAGGGACAAAAAUUAUUGACGAGGAUGGCCUAUUUGAUCUGAUUAGAAAUAUGCCAGGCAAAAAGUCCAAAUAUGAAUUAGCAGCAGAAGCUGAGGCAAAGAAAUCAAAGCCAAAAUGGGACAAGACCCCGCAAAAAGUUGAGCCUGAAAAAAGAAAAGUUAGCCCAGCUAAGAGAGAAACUGACUCUAAAAAAAGCAACUCCACUCCAGAAAAAGGAGGCACCUUCAGAUCUCUAAAAAAAGAAACUACCGAAACACAGAAAAGUCUGGACUUCAAGCAGCAAGCUGUGGAGAGAAAGCAUGCUCCAAAGGCUGAAGAGACUUGUGUUCCUGAUAUAAGCAAAGUCAGAGCAGAAGGGUUGCUAUGGGUUGAUAAAUAUAAGCCCACAUCUCUUAAAACAGUAAUUGGACAGCAAGGGGAUCAAAGCUGUGCUAAUAAGUUGUUACGAUGGCUCCAAAACUGGUACAAGAAUACUUCUGAGGACAAACAUGGAAAACCCAGUAAAUUGGGAGGCAAAGAUGAUGGUACUAAUUUUAAAGCAGCUUUACUGUCCGGGCCACCAGGAGUUGGUAAAACGACUACAGCUGCUUUAGUUUGUCAGGAAUUGGGGUACAGUUAUGUGGAACUGAAUGCCAGUGACACUCGCAGUAAGAACAGUUUGAAGGAUGUGGUUGCUGAAUCUCUAAAUAACACCAGCAUUAAAGACUUCUGUUCUGGAAUGUCCCAUUCUGUUAGUAUGAAACAUGUAUUGAUCAUGGAUGAAGUGGAUGGAAUGGCAGGGAAUGAAGACAGAGGAGGGAUACAGGAGUUAAUUGCUCUGAUCAAACACACAAAGAUUCCUAUCAUUUGUAUGUGUAAUGAUCGGAACCAUCCCAAGAUUCGUUCCCUGGUCCAUUACUGUUUUGAUCUUCGCUUUCAGAGACCUCGGCUAGAACAGAUUAAGGGUGCCAUGAUGUCCAUUGCAUUUAAAGAAGGGUUAAAGAUACCCGCUCCAGCUAUGAAUGAGAUAAUUUUGGCAGCAAAUCAGGAUAUUAGGCAGGUUUUACAUAAUCUUAAUAUGUGGUGUACAAAAAAUAAAUCAUUGACUUAUGAUGAGGCAAAAGCUGAUGCCAACAAAGCCAAAAAGGAUAUCAAACUGGGCCCCUUUGAUGUCGUCAGGAAGGUUUUUGUUGCUGGAGAGGAAACUGCUCACAUGUCUCUUAUAGACAAAUCCGACUUAUUCUUCCAUGAUUACUCUCUAGCACCUCUUUUUGUCCAGGAAAACUAUGUACAUGUAAAACCUAUUGCUGCUCGAGGUAACAUGAAAAAACAUUUGAUGCUACUGAGCAGAGCGGCAGACAGUAUAUGUGAUGGUGACCUAGUUGAUCGGCAGAUUCGCAGUAAGCAAAACUGGAACCUUCUGCCUACGCAGGCCAUUUAUUCGAGUGUUCUCCCUGGGGAGCUGAUGAGAGGUUACAUGUCACAGUUUCCUAACUUUCCAAGCUGGCUGGGGAAAUUUUCAUCCACAGGCAAACAUGACCGGAUUGUUCAAGAACUGGCAAUGCACAUGAGUCUCAGAACUCACACUAGCAAGAGAGCCGUAAACAUGGAGUAUUUGUCAUACUUGAGGGAUGCACUUGUUAGACCCUUGACAAGCAUGGGAACAGAAGGUGUACAAGAUGCUGUAACAUUCAUGGACUCUUAUUGCUUGAUGAGAGAAGAUGUUGAAAAUAUUAUGGAAAUAUCCAGCUGGGGAGGCAAACCUACUCCCUUUUCUAAACUGGACCCCAAGGUCAAAGCAGCUUUUACACGUGCAUAUAACAAGGAGGCACAUUUGAUACCAUAUGCCCUGCAUGCAGUAAAGACAUCUAAACGGCAGCCUGGGUUGGCUUCAGAACUGAAUGAAGAGUUGAAUGCUGACGAAUUUCAGUCUGAGGAUGAGCAUGAUUCUAUUGAAAGUGAUGCAAUGAUCAAGCAAAAAAAGGCCAAGUCUUCCAAGCAAUCAAAAGCAGCAAUUAGAGAAGAAGCAAGAAAAGGAAAAAUAAAGAAAUGAGAUGCUGAAUUGUUCAGUACUGACUGAUUACAUUAGGUAAUCACCUGACCUUUGAACACAGCUUUACUGCCAGAAAGUGGGUAGCACUAGGCAAGCAAUGAUCCUGUUACAAUUAGAAGGAUAGAACCGGUGGAGUGGCUGCUUUGCACUUGCGCCUAUGCAGGGGUAAUGUAACUUUGCAGCAUGUUGACAAUAUUUUUUUUUAUAUCUUGUAAAUGUUAACAAUGUAGACUUUAGUCUGCUUCUUGAAAGUCACCUGUAAAUAAGCACCAGUUUCAGAAGUAACAUGUUGAAAGAAGGGCUUAGACCAGUGGUCCUCAGCCUUUUGGGGCUGUUGCGCGUCCGGAAGCAGGGCUGUUUAUGCGCUGGCCCAGAUCACUUGGCGGGUGCACAUAAGUGCCCUGGCGGCACCUGAGGGCACCACUGGCUUAGGCUAUUGGUAUAGAUGGCAGGAGGCUUUCUUCAUAAGGCUUUGAACAUUUUUACUAAAUCUCUGCUAUUAUGUGGUUAAAUCUUGUAUAUAAGGGAAAAAAUACUUAAAUUGCCUAUUUCUUUUGUACAUUAAAAAUGCCGCAGUGUAUAAAAACUACAAUAAAAUUAGUUUGACAAAUAUUUUUAAA